AUGGCGUCAGCUACGCCGUCUCGAGAGCAUGUACAGCUCGUAUGCAAUCUGCUCGCUCAGACACUCAACCCAGUCGAGCGCAAAAACGCUGAAGAUCAGCUUACACAGGCACAGUCACAGCACGGCUUCCUUCAGAUCCUCAUUGCCAUCAUCCAAAACGUGCUCGUGCCUAGCAAUGAUGCGGUUCGUCUCUCGGCCGCCAUCAAGCUCAAAAACAUAUGCAAGUCUGCAUGGGACCAGCAAUCCGCCGAAGAAUCCGCAGUCGAAUCGCCCAUCAAUGAGCACGACAAGCUCGCCCUGAAACAGUCCAUCCUCCCCUUGCUCGUUACCAUCUCCACAAGCACAGGCGCAACUCCUCCUGCGCCCACCAACGUACGAACCCAGCUAGAAGAGGCUAUCGCUCUCGUCGCCGAAAAAGACUUUCCGCACGAUUGGCCCAACCUCAUGGAUGAUCUUGCCCCCAAACUUGCCAGUCAAGACGACCAGCUCGUCCUCGGCAUCCUUCGUACUGCUCAUUCCAUCUUCUACAGGUGGAGAUCCGCUUUCCGAACCGACUCUCUCUACAGCGAGAUCAACUAUGUGCUCGCCAAGUUUGCCCUACCACACCUCGAACUGCUCAAACGCACAGAUCAAAGGCUACUCGAUCCCGCUACACCCACCGCCUACCUUGCAGUGCUUGGAGACACCAUGAACAUGGCACUCCAGGUCUUCUACGACCUAUCCAGCCAAGAUCUGCCUCCGCAGUUUGAAGACAACAUGGAUCCUAUCAUGCAAAUUCUCGCGCGUUGGAUCUCGCAGUCACCUCCCGAGCUCGAUUCGGAUCCCGAUGAGCCCUGUUCGCUCCAACACAUCCGCAGCACCAUCUGCGAGAUCGCCGAGCUAUAUGCCAAGAGGUACCUCGACGCCUUCUCGCAGCUUCCCGUCUUUGUCCAGGCCAUCUGGCAGAUGCUCGGCACAUGUACACUUUCGCAAAAGUACGACACGCUCGUCUCAAAGGCCGUCGGAUUCCUCUCCACCGUUGUGCGCAUGGGAAGUCAGCGCGAAAUGUUCCAGUCCACCCAGACGCUCGAGCAGCUGUGCACCGCCAUCAUCUUGCCCAACAUUGCCAUUCGUGAAGCCGACGAGGAGCUGUUCGAGGACAACCCGAUCGAAUACAUUCGUCGCGAUCUCGAGACCUCCAUCGAGGCCGAUACCAGGAGGAAGGCCGCUUCCGAAUUUUGCACAUCGCUCAUGGAGUUUUUCGCCAACCAAGUUACCGCGAUCGUCGGCAGGUAUAUCAACCAGUACCUCGACCAGUACCGCGCCGACCCUCACGCCAACUGGAAGCAGAAGGACACCGCCAUCUACCUGCUCACUUCGAUCGCCUCGAAAUCGUCCACUGCGCAGCACGGCGUCACAUCAACCAAUGAGCUGGUCAACGUCGUCGACUUCUUUUCGGACAACGUGCUUGCCGAUCUUCAGUCGAGCUCCGACGACUCGCCCAGCCCAAUCUUGCAGGUCGACGCGAUCAAGUACCUCUACACGUUCCGCAACCAGCUCACCAAAGACCAGCUGGUCUCGGUGCUACCACUGCUAGUGCAACAUCUCGAGAGCUCGCAGUACGUCACCUGCUCGUACGCUGCUAUCACCAUCGAGCGUGUCCUCUCGCUCAAGAGGGACGGCAGCCUGCUCUUCACGCCGCACGACGUGGAGCCUUUUGCCGAAACUAUCCUCAUGGCGCUCUUGCGCAAUAUCGAACGCGGUACAACGCCCGAGAAACUGGCCGAGAACGACUACCUGAUCAAGUGCAUGAUGCGCAUGCUCGCCACAGUACGCGAAGCCAUCGCGCCCGCGCACCGUGUCAUCCUGACACACCUCGCCAACAUCCUGUCCGAGAUCAGCAAGAACCCCUCCAAUCCACGCUUCUCGCAGUUCCUCUUCGAGUCGAUCUCGGCGCUGAUUCGGUUCACGGUCUCGGCGCAACCCGACAGUCUGUCGACGUUCGAGGCACAGCUCUUCCCGAGUUUCACCAUGAUCCUGUCGCAGGACGUGGCCGAAUUCCAGCCAUACGUGUUUCAGAUGCUAUCGCAGAUGCUCGAGCUACAUACGCAAGGCUUGCCCGAGGCGUACACGUCGCUGCUGCCGCCCAUCCUGACGCCGGCGUGCUGGGAGAAUCGAGGCAAUGUACCGGCGCUCGUCCGGCUUGUGCGCGCGUUUCUCGCCAAAGAUGCACCGCGCAUCGUCGCGCAAGGCCAGCUGUCGGCCAUGCUCGGCAUCUACCAGAAGCUCAUCUCGACGCGCAUCAACGAAGCGUUUGCACUCGAGCUGCUCGAAACGCUCUUUGUCGCCGUCGACAGCGCCGACCUCGAGCAGUACAAACGCGCAGUGCUCACUCUGCUGCUCACCAGGUUGCAGCAGAGCAAGACGGAUAAACUGGUCAAGGCGAUGAUCCACUUUGUGUCGAUCGUGGCGUUGAGCCAAGGCAAGGGACCGGAUUAUGCAGUCGACAUGUUCGAUGCGGUUCAGCCAGGCCUGUUUGCGCAGAUUGCGCAGGCCAUCAUUGCGCCUGAACUGGCCAAUGUGAGCGAGCGGCAGAGGAAGGUGGUUUCGGUGGGAUUUGCGAGCUUGUUGGUGAAUUCAUCGGCCAUGCGUCGAGCGCCGAAUGUGAGCGUGUUGCCAACAUUGCUCGCAGCGCUGUUGCGGUUGCUGCUCACGCCCAGCUCGGCGACGCAGACGCAAGACGUGGAUCUGCUGUUCGCCGACGAAGACCAUGCUGCAGGCUUCCAGACCGGCUUCACCAAAUUGGCCGCCAGCGAAACGAUCAAAUCGGACGCUACCAAGCACAUCCUCCACGGCGCACAAGUCAAGGUCUGGUUCAAAUCCGCGCUCGACCAAUUCAGAGCACAGGUGGGCGACGACACAUGGUCGCACAUCUGGAACGCCGUCGAACCGCAGCUGAGAGCAUCAUGGGACGCGCAGAUCGGCGCCUAG